AUGAAAGCCUGCUCUAUAUUCCGGCUGGGUUCACUUAAGCUGCUACUUAUUGUAGAAAACCACCACUCACCAAAGGUGGCUGUUGAAGUGGACAGUGUACUGAACAUUGUGGUUACAAGCAAGUCACUACAAGAUAGUACACUAGGAUACAGGCAGACUGACAUCUUGCUUGUACUGAACUCUGACCACCUGCAGUCUGAUAAUGCUUCUCAAACUCAAAAUCAGAGUAGUUUUAGCCUUGAGCUGCUGGGCAAUGAGUGGCUGAAGGAUGACAUAAUUAAACGGUAUCUAGAUAUUGUGAACUACAGUGUGAAAGAACUGGACAUUAGCACAAUAUGUAUCAAUCCUGUUUUUAGUCAUGCUAUCAGGUGCUUUCCUGAUAUGGAAUUUACAAUAUCAUCGCUUAACCUACAGGAAGUGAACUAUGUUUUCAUCCCAGUAAAUGAUGCAGCACCUAGUAACACAGUGGCUGGGUCACACUGGAGCUUAUUGUUCUAUCAAAGGUCUGUGAACACUUUUUACCAUUUUGAUUCAAUGGGACAGUAUAAUAUAAAGGCAGCAAAAGAAAUAAUAUCUAAAUUUACAACACUUAAGAUCUUUGAAAACGCUAAAUUUGAAAACAUUCAAUGCCCUCAACAACACAACACUUUUGAUUGUGGAAUUUAUUUAUGUCUGUUUGUUGACUGGCUGUUUAGAGGAAUAAUUGCAAAUAAAGUGUCUUACUUCAUCGCCAACAGCUCAAGAUUUAUGAGGAUAAGUGAAAGUGACAUUGUUUCUAAACGAUCUUGUCUAGCUUAUUUGUGUUACAGAGACCAGCACCUGCAAUUUAACCCAAGUACAAUUCAAAAGUUGUUACUGGGAACAAUCAAUGAAUCAAAGUGUCCAGAUGUGAACGAUAAUAAAACAGGACAAAACCACAGGGAUGGAGAUGGUCAGUGGAGAACUGUUGGAAAAAGCAAUAUACAUAGGAAUAGUGCAAACAAUAAAUCACUAACUAAAUUUGCAAUCCCCACAUCUAACCAAUAUGACAUUUUGGACAAAAUUUAUAAUAAAAAAGACUCUGUUUCGAACGAUGAUCCCAUUAACGCCACAAACGGGUCUAGCAAAGCUAAAGAUAUGCAAAAGGGGUCUGUUUCCAAUGAAAGUCUGCAUAAAAAAAGAAAUAAAAGUCUAGAGAAAAGGAUAAAAAUUGAGUUGUUUGCAGACAGUCAAGGUCGAGAAUUACCUGAGAUUAUUGGCUCCUGCAGUAAGGGUUUGGUGUAUGUAAACGGACUAAUUACAUCUGGUGCCACAGUCGGACAAGUUUACAGUAAUGCUAAAAAAUCUCACAGUGACCCACUUGUCUUAAUAGCAGGAUCCAAUGACGUUGUCAAAAAAUCAUUUAAAUCGAUAUAUGAGACAAUGGAGAGGGAUCUCCAAAUUCUUAGUGAGGCCAGACCAGUUAUAAUUACUACGAUCCCACCUCGCUAUGACAUUCAGAAAACUGAUCCUAUUCAGGAUGAAAUAGCAUUAGCCAAUAAUUAUAUAAAGGAAAUUGCUGUCAGAAUGAAAACUGUUCAACUUAUUGAUUUGGACGAUUUGAAAAAAAUCCACUUUUCACGACAGGGUUUACAUUUGAAUCUUAGGGGCAAGAGAAAAUUGGCAUUCAUGAUUAUACAGCACCUUACUAAUAUCAAAACAAAAGUCAAUACAAGAAGGGAAAUUUUUAAAAUCAACUCGAUGGCUGACUUUCCCCCCUUGGUGCCUCCGAAGGGAGCUGCAACAUGCACUUCACCUUCUGUGCAAAAGUCUCAUGAGGUUGGUGAACAUCUCAAGCCAAUUCACGUUAAUGAGCUGAAGAUGGAGGAUGUAAUCCAAAGCUACCGAUACAACAAGGAAGUAGCUUUUGCUCAUUGUAUUUCAGCGGACUUGAACAAUAUCAGAAGCUUAAGUGCAGGAGUAGCAACAGUGUUCAAAGAUCAAUUUUGCAAACCAGCACCCUCUGACUGUGUCUCUGACCACCUCUCAAUCCAGAGGAUAGAAAAUGGUGCUACAGUUUAUGGUUUUAAUAACUAA